UUUAUUUGAUCUCACAUUAACCAAGGAGGAGAAUGUGAGAAAAGGGGGAAAAUGCCCAGGAGGAAGCAGGAGCAGCCCAAGCGCCUUCCCUCACAUGUUAGUAGGCAGGAAGAGGCGGAGGGCGAACUCAGUGAAGGAGAGCACUGGUAUGGAAACUCCUCAGAGACCCCGUCGGAAGCAUCCUAUGGCGAAGUCCAGGAGAACUAUAAGUUGUCUCUGGAGGACCGGAUCCAGGAGCAGUCCACUUCCCCCGACACCUCCUUGGGAAGUGCCACUCCCAGCAGCCACACGUUGGAGCUGGUGGCACUCGACAGCGACCUCCUGCGAGACUCCCUGCAGUGUCAAGAUCACCUCUCCCCUGGCGUGUCCUCUUUGUGCGAAGACGACUCCCCAGGCUCCACGAAACCUUUGAGCAGCAACUUGAGGCGGCUGCUGGAGGCCGGGUCCCUCAAGCUCGACGCCACAGCCACAGCCAACGGCAGGGUGGAGUCCCCGGUGAACGUGGGCUCCAGCCUGUCCUUUUCCCCGCCGGCCCACCACGCCCAGCAGCUCAGCGUUCUUGCCAGGAAGCUGGCCGAGAAGCAGGAGCAGAAUGACCAAUACACUCCAAGCAGCCGUUUUCUCUGGAAUCAAGGUAAGUGGUUGCCAAACUCAACCACCACCUGCGGCUUGUCCCCCGACUCCGCCAUCCUAAAACUGAAAGCUGCAGCCAAUGCCGUUCUGCAGGACAAAUCUCUCACCAGGACUGAGGACACCGUGCGGUUUGAGUCCUUCGCGUCCCCUUUCAGCUCCCAGUCUGCCAGCUCCACCUUGGCAGCUUUGUCCAAGAAGGUCAGUGAGAGAAGCUUGACCCCUGGCCAGGAGCACCCCCCUCCGGCCAGCUCCUUCCUUUCCCUGGCCUCCAUGACCUCCUCGGCCGCCCUGCUCAAGGAGGUGGCCGCGCGGGCCGCGGGGAGCCUUCUGGCUGAGAAGGCGUCCCUGGUGCCCGAGGACGCCCUACCGCCACCGCCUUCAGAGAAGAAGCAGGAAAAGGUGACCCCGCCACCGCCGCCGCCACCUCCGCCGCCACCGCCACAAUCCCUGGAAUUAUUGCUACUCCCAGUUCCCAAGGGAAGAGUGUCUAAACCCUCCAACUCAGCCUCAGAAGAGGAAAGUGGAAAGCCUUUCCAGUGUCCAAUAUGUGGUUUGGUUAUAAAAAGGAAGAGUUACUGGAAGCGGCAUAUGGUGAUUCACACAGGUUUAAAAAGUCAUCAGUGUCCGCUCUGUCCAUUCCGGUGUGCUCGCAAGGACAAUCUCAAAUCCCACAUGAAGGUUCAUCAGCACCAGGACCGGGGAGAGACCUUUCAGUGCCAGCUGUGCCCUUUCACUUCCUCGCGCCACUUCAGCCUGAAGCUCCACAUGCGCUGCCACCAGCACUUCCUGAGGACAGAAGCCAAGGUGAAGGAGGAGAUCCCAGACCCAGAUGUCAAGGGAUCUCCCCACCUCAGUGACAGUGCCUGCCUGGGGCAGCAAAGGGAAGGAGGAGGGACAGAGCUAGUGGGGACCAUGAUGACGGCCAACACUCCAGAGAGGACUAGCCAGGGUGGGGCUGGCGUCUCGCCUUUGCUGGUGAAGGAGGAACCCAAGGAAGAUAACGGCCUGCCAGCCUCCUUUACCCUGAAUGCUGCCGACAGGCCGGCCAACCACACAAAGCUGAAAGACCCCUCCGAGUAUGUGGCCAACAGUGCGUCAGCAUUGUUCAGCCAGGACAUCUCUGUUAAGAUGGCGUCUGAUUUUCUCAUGAAGCUGUCAGCUGCAAAUCAGAAGGAGCCCAUGAAUCUUAACUUUAAAGUGAAAGAGGAGCCCAAGGAAGAGGAGGCCCUCAGUGCCUCCUUGCCUCGGUCCAACUAUGUGUUCAGCCCGGAAUCUGAAGUGUCGGCCCCGAGCAUCUCUGAAGACACGCUGAAGGCCCAGGAAGGGAAGGGGAGUGGGCUAAGGCGGGACAUGUCAGUCAAAGCAGCUUCUGAACUUCUCAUGAAACUAUCAGCGGAAAGCUACAAGGAAACCCAGAUGGUGAAGAUUAAAGAGGAGCCCAUGGAGGUCGACAUCCAGGACUCGCGUGUCUCGAUAUCACCCAGCCGGAACGUUGGCUAUAGCACUUUAAUCGGGCGAGAGAAAACCGAACCCUUACAGAAGAUGCCAGAGGGCAGGGUGCCCCCAGAGAGGAACCUCUUCAGUCAGGACAUCUCUGUGAAGAUGGCUUCCGAGCUCCUGUUUCAACUGUCAGAAAAAGUGAGCAAAGAGCACAAUCACACAAAAGAAAACACCAUCCGCACGACCACCAGCCCUUUCUUUUCAGAAGAUACAUUUAGACAAUCACCAUUCUCCUCCAAUUCAAAAGACCUGCUGCCCAGCGACUCUGUGCUCCCCGGGAGAAUAUCAACUCCAGAAACAGAAAAGCUAGUACUAGAGGCAGGCAAUGGACUGCCAUCCUGGAAAUUCAGUGACCAGCUUUUCCCCUGCGACGUGUGUGGGAAAGUCUUUGGCCGACAGCAGACGUUGUCCCGACAUCUCUCGCUGCACACAGAGGAAAGAAAAUACAAAUGCCAUUUGUGCCCCUACGCUGCUAAGUGUCGUGCGAACCUGAACCAGCACCUGACCGUCCACUCGGUGAAGCUGGUGAGUACGGACACUGAGGACAUUGUCAGCGCCGUCACCUCUGAAGGCAGUGACGGGAAGAAGCACCCUUAUUAUUACAGCUGUCACGUGUGUGGAUUUGAGACCGAGCUCAACGUCCAGUUUGUCAGCCACAUGUCCCUCCACGUGGACAAGGAGCAGUGGAUGUUCUCCAUCUGCUGUACUACCUGCGACUUCGUCACCAUGGAGGAGGCAGAGAUAAAGGCUCACAUUGGCACCAAGCACACAGGGGAAGACAGGAAGACCCCGAGUGAAUCAAAUAGCCCCUCAUCAUCCUCCCUCUCAGCUCUAAGUGAUUCAGCCAACAGCAAGGACGACUCAGACAGCUCCCAGAAAAACAAGAGCGGGAACAACCUGCUGGUCAUCUCUGUCAUGCCCGGGAGCCAGCCCUCACUGAAUAGUGAAGAAAAGCCAGAGAAAGGGUUCGAAUGCGUUUUUUGCAACUUUGUCUGCAAGACGAAGAACAUGUUUGAGCGCCAUCUGCAGAUACACCUCAUCACCCGGAUGUUUGAGUGUGACGUGUGCCACAAGUUCAUGAAGACCCCCGAACAGCUGCUGGAGCAUAAGAAAUGCCACACUGUCCCCACCGGUGGGCUCAACUCAGGACAGUGGUGAGUUUCAGACUCCUCUAGGUGCCCAUUCUGCAUUUAUUCCACCAACCGCCCCGCUGCCAUGGAGUGCCACCUCAAGACCCACUACAAGAUGGAGUAUAAGUGCCGGAUCUGCCAGACAGUGAAGGCCAACCAGCUGGAGCUGGAGACGCACACCCGGGAGCAUCGCCUCGGCAACCACUACAAGUGCGACCAGUGCGGCUACCUGUCCAAGACCGCCAACAAGCUCAUCGAGCACGUGCGCGUCCACACCGGGGAGCGGCCCUUCCACUGUGACCAGUGCAGCUACAGCUGCAAACGCAAGGACAAUCUCAACCUGCACAAGAAGCUGAAGCACGCCCCACGCCAGACCUUCAGCUGCGAAGAGUGCCUGUUCAAGACCACACACCCCUUCGUCUUCAGCCGCCACGUCAAGAAGCACCAGAGUGGGGACUGCCCCGAGGAGGACAAGAAGGGCCUGUGUCCGGCCCCCAAGAAACCGGGCGGCCCCGGGGCCCCGCUCCUCGUCGUCGGGAGCUCCCGGAAUCUCUUGUCUCCCCUGUCGGUCAUGUCUGCCUCCCAGGCUCUGCAGACCGUGGCCCUAUCCGCUGCCCACGGCAGCAGCUCAGAGCCCAACCUGGCACUCAAGGCUCUGGCCUUCAACGGCUCCCCUUUGCGCUUUGACAAGUACCGGAACUCAGAUUUUGCCCAUCUCAUUCCCUUGACAAUGUUAUACCCCAAGAACCACUUGGAUCUCACAUUCCACCCUCCCCGACCUCAGACUGCACCUCCCAGCAUCCCCUCGCCCAAACACUCCUUCCUCGCCUAUCUCGGACUGAGAGAAAGAGCAGAGACUGUCUGAGGGCAGCCACGUUCUGUACCAAAAACAAAGUGACAGAGACAAAAACAUAAACCCACAAAACUUAAACACAACCCCAGCAGGUGUAUGUUGCUGCAAAACCUACAGACCCCCGCGGGUCUGAACCACGUGUACUGUAUAUCUUUAGUAAGGAAUAGAGAAUUGGCUCUGUGUGUAUACCUAUUGCAUUGACCUGAAAGCUGCUUUAUCCAAUCUUCAGAGAGGUGACCUACUGCGUGCAUCUACCUUCAGAGGCAUGCCUCCCCAGCCGCCCACGCCCACUCUUGGCCCUGCUCCGUACUCCUAUUGAAAGGAAUUUUUGUCUUGUUAAACCCUAAAGAGAGUGUCCUUAAUAGCAAUCAGCACUUGGAAGCUUAUAUAUUGGUGCAUUUUUGUUUUCUGUUGGGUGAAUGGGGUGUGUGGAUCCUGAAAGAGAAAGCCGCGUGUCGUGCGCCCUGAGGUUUCUAUCGCACAUUCUUUGUACUGGCUUCUUUCACUGCGAUGAACGUGCUUUUUUCCCUCCUGGGUUGUUCAUCCACCGCAGUCUGUCCCUGAGCCCCUUCAUCACCUUCCCCUAUUUUACGGCUACAGAGUGGUGGGGCCUGGUGCGUGGUCGAUGAGAGAACGGUAGACGCCCGCGGUGCUGCUGGAGAUUUCCGACAGAGCUGGGGACCUUGCGCUUGGAUCUCCUCUGGUUAUGAAAACUUGGGGCAGCAAGAGUCCCAUCUGGAAGAAAUGUCCCGCAGCACUGCAACCAACAUCACGAAACUCAAGUGUGUUGUGUGUGUGUGUGUCCAUACGUACACCAUGUGUGUGGGACACACGCAGUGCAUCAUUUUUUUAAGGGCAGAUUAUAUAUAUAUAUAUGAUGUAUUAAUUCAGUGAUUACCAUUUGUUUGCAGGAAAAAAAAAAAUAGUGUGAGUGAAAAAUUUUAUGGUUGAUAAAUCCAGCCGAGGAGAUUAAAAGGGGUUUGGAUCAAUUCUGGGUAUAAAUGCUCAGACUA